UUUGAAAACUUUCUGUUGCGAAUUGUUUUGUGAUUUUUUUGCUAAAAUACUUCUCAUAAACAAUAGAAAAACUUGUGAGCAAAAAACGUAAGGAUGGCUCCUCGAGAUGUCCCCAAACCGACGCCUAAAGUGCAACGAAUGGUGGGAAAGACUAAUCAGACUAAAGGACGCGCUUCGCCUGCGUCUGUUAAGAAAACGAUGUCGUCUAUCAAAAAGGCGACUGAAAAGAUACCUUUAAAAUUGACUAAUACGAUCUCAGAGCCUCGUCAAAGGACAGCAACUGUACCAAAAGUUGCAACACCAAAACCAAAAGAGAACAAAUCAGUUCCAUUACCAAGCAGCACCAGCAAAAGUGCAAAGAAAGCUUCAUGGAAACGUAGGCCUAAACCAGCACACUCUGGUGUACCUGUACCUGAGAAAAUGAAGAAAUUAUUACAGCAACAAUUCAAAGAUUUGGAUAGCAGUCUUUAAUUUUAUGUUUGUGUACUGAUUUUGUUUAAUCAUUGAAUCCACAGUCCCACAUACUGUGAUCAUUCAUAAGACUUAAGGUGUAUGCACAAAGAAAUUUCUUUUAUUUACUAUGCAAAAAAGGUACAAAAAUCUUCUGGCUCUCAAGAUAUUUAGUUUUUAGUUGUAAAAAUUUAAUUUUGUUAAAUUUAUAAUUAGUUAAUCUUUUUUUUUUUUAAGUCUUAUUCUCUGUAUAAUUUUUUGCCUAAAACCUGACGAAUUUUGACAAAUUGUUUUUUGGUUUUUUACAACAAAAAAAAAGCAAAGUUUGUA